AAAACCCAUCCUUGCAUUCUCAAUCAAUCCACUUCCCCACCACCUCUUUCUUCCGCAUACAUCAUUCUCUCUCUCUUGAGCAACAUUUUUUGAAUCUAAAAAGCAAGGGAAAAUGAUGAGUACAGAGAUGGUUUCUGAGGCACCAAUGGUGUCGGCAGUACAGCGGUCGCCGUGGCACUCACUGGUACCGUACCUGUUCGGGGGGCUGGCGGCGAUGCUGGGUCUCAUUGCUUUCGCCCUUCUCAUCCUCGCUUGCUCCUACUGGAAGCUCUCAGGCUACCUCGACCGCGACAACGACGACGCCAACUCCGACGACAGAGACGUCGAGCUCGGCGCCGAUGCCGAUUCCGGGGAGAAACCUAAAUUGGCGCCGCUCUUUGAAGAGAAAUAUCUGGUGAUAAUGGCCGGACAAGCCAAGCCAACGUUCUUGGCCACACCCAUCUCCAGCAGAGCUUCCUCUUUCGGAAGCAACAGUUCUGCUUCUCAAAUGCCCGAUAAUAAAUCGGACAGUGGUGAUCGGACCGACGACCCCAAAGACAAUCAGAGUCAAGAAGAUCAGACAGAGAACGCCGUGGAGACUCAUGAGACCUCACAUCAGUUGUGAUGUGUCGGCGCCGAUCUCGGUUGGAGACAGUUGGGGGUUUGAAUCAGCUCUGGCCUCUCAUUGGGGAGUUAGGGGUCGAAGACAGAGAGAAUCGUGAAUAGAGAGAUCGAUUGUUGAUCGGCGGAGAGA